AUCCUUAACGAAGUGAAUGAGAGACGAAUAUGGAUAACUUCUUUCUAGAUUCCAUUUGGCAAGAAGAAGACAUAUUCUGGGAUCUGAUCGCCGGUGAUGUCUCCGGCAAUGCUGACAAUACCGUAAGUGUACUAAACAGAAGCGCUUUUAAGUCAUACGCGAGAAACACGGAACAGGCGAUGGUAUCGUGUUCAUCGUCGGUGAACGUGAACAAGAGAAUGUUGAAUCUUUUGAGAAAGAAUUGGGAGGAGAAGAAAAGUGCGUUAGCGCCGGAGAAGGAGAGAUGCCGACGACAUAUGAUACAAGAGAGGACGAGAAGAGUGAAUCAAAAACAGAGUUACUCAGCUCUGCAUUCUCUAUUACCAUUUGCCACUAAGAAUGACAAAAUCUCGAUUGUUGAAAAAGCGGUAGAUCAGAUUCGGAAACUAGAAGAAUAUAAGAAAGAACUGGAGAGAAGAAUAAAUGCGUUGGAGGCAAAAUCAACAGAGAUUAGGUUUAGUCUACAAGAACCCUUGUCUGGGAUGGAUUCAAUGGUAAAAAGUCUUCAAUGUCUUAAAUCAAUGGGUACAAAACUCAAAACGGUCCAAGGCAAUUUCUCUCCUCACGAAUUCUCUGCGACCAUGAACAUCGAGAUACAGAUACAAGGAGAAGAGGUGGAAGAGAUAGUGGAGAGAAGACUCCAAGAAACUGAACGGAAGCUCCUCUUUCUCCGAGGAGCUUCGAUUUUCGAAGACAAAUGAGCUUUUUUUAUAAAAUUUCUGUUUUUUGAAACAUGAUAGCCUAUUUAUUGAAUAGUAAAUAUACUCGUCCUUUUACAGUUAACUAAUUAUAGACUUUGAGUUUAGAAUUAAGAAGUAAAGUUUUAGAAUUUGAGUUUAAAAUUUUUAAAAAUAGAAAAUAAAUACUAAAAUCUAAAAAUAAAAAUUUGGAAAAUGGUUUCAAAAAGCAUUUUAGAAUUUCAAAAAGAUG